AUGGAAAUCUUCGAGGAAUUGGAGAUUAAAAUUCCUGUGACUAAGACAUUGCAACAGGUACCCAGUUAUGUUAACUUCCUGAAGAAAUUCAACAAAAAGAGAAAAAGUCUAGAGGAAGAAACAAUUGAGGUACAGAGCAAUUGCAGUGUGAUCUUGCAGAAGGCACUUCCUCCAAAAGUUAAACAUCCGGGAAGUUUCAAUAUCUCAUGCACUAUUGGGAGUCAUGAAAGAGGGAAAGCCUUAAUUGAUUUAGGGUCUAGUAUCAACUUGAUGCCCUUAUCUGUACUUGAAAGGAUUGGUGGUCUUGAAGUCAAGCCUACAAAGAGGAAGCUAUUGAAGAUAAGUUGGUAUGGAGACAAAAAGGAGAACACCAAGAUUAAAGUUGGAAUUGGGUGA